AUGGGGCUGGAUAUCCCGGAUGGCACCCCUAAUCGGGGACCUGGUAUGAUGGCCCUCUGUAUUUUACUCUUGGUCCUUACUACGUUCAUGACCGUCAUUCGAGUCGUCUCCAAGGUCAUCACCAAGCAAAGUUGGUGGUGGGAUGACUGGUUCGCACUGCUCUCGUGGCCUGCAGAAGUGGUCGUCAUCUCGCUUCUUCUUGCGUGGAUAACUCUGGGCUUCGGACUCCAUGAAAAAUUUAUCGCCAUUCAAAAUCCGUCUUACCUCGUCCAAGGAGCGAAAUACUUCUACGCCGCCGUCCUAUUCUUCGAUACGUCCAUUUGUCUUCCAAAGAUCUCCGCUCUCUUCUUCUACGCUCGCGUCUUCAACGCCCCGAAUAAGACCCUGCGUGUUCACCUAUGGAUCCUCGGUGCACUGGUGGCCGGGUGGCUCUUAUCCGCCUACUUUGUCACCAUUUGGCAAUGCGACCCCGUUGCGAAAGCCUGGGAUCCCACGAUCCCCGGGAAAUGCGUCAACACUUAUGCCUGGUAUACGGCUACAGCUACGAUCUCAUGUGCGAUCGAUAUGUGGAUUUUGAUCAUUCCCAUUCCGCUUAUCUGGAGACUUAACAGCAGUCUCCGCCGCCGCAUCUACUUACUUGCGGCGUUCCUCUUGACUUAUUCCGUGAUUGUCGUCUCUAUUGGUCGGAUGAUAGCUACGACUCAGCUCAUACCAAAAGUGAAUGAGGAUGAGACGUGGUGGUUGCCCGUGUAUCUGUACUGGGCUAUUCUUGAGGGAUCACUGUCCAUCAUCUCCAUCUCUGUGCCCAAUGCGAUUGCCCUGGUGAAACACUUCCAGGCCCCCCGAAAGAGCAGCAUUGAAAGCAAAACCAAAUUAUCCAAGCUCACUCCUGGCUAUGUAUUGAGCCAGAGCCAGAACUACGCCUCGAUCCAUGGCGGUGGGACAAGUAUCAGUGACGCCAGCGAUAAUCUGGAGCUCGUUCAAACGAGGGAUGGGGAUGUCGAGAUGGCACCAGGGAAUAUUCGCGUCAAAACGAAUAUUCACGUCCACUGA